AUGGCCGCCCGUGACGCGGACGGUGGCCAAAUGUCGCCCGGCGUGCCAGAGCUCCAGCUUCCAGAUCUCUUACCGCCGUCACGUACAUUAUCGCAGACUGAGCUUGCGCGGCGCGAGUGGAUCGUCCGAUCGCUUGUCUCGCCUAUACACGACGAGUUCGAUUCGGAUGACCUCUACGACGACGACGAGUACGAGCAGGAAGAAGAUGACGACGACGAAGAAGUGAUGGAGCGACUGCGUGCAGCGCGGAGGCGCCUCGAGGACCUGGAAGUAUCAGAGCGCAACGGGACGGGAUCGUGCUCGCCGGAUCUCUCGCCGCCGGACCUGCGCGCCUCCUCGUGGGGGAUGUACGAGCACGGGACCAAGCCGCGCUCCUCGUCCAGCAUCGAGAGUUCUGCGGCGGGAGUCCUCCAGCGCCGCAGGGUGGGGAACGCGAGCAACGUGUCGCUGCCCCUGAUGGACCUCAAACUCGAUCUGAAAAGCAUCCCGAUUCCCAGCUACAUCGACGCCGAGCGCCGCCGCAUCCGCAUCGCCACCGAGCGGCUGGGCGCAAGCGAUCGGUGGCAGGUGCCGACGCGCACGCCCCAAAAGGGACGGUCGCCCGUAUGCGAACGGCCGCCGGAACGCCGCGAGCCCAGCCGGUCGCCGUCCAACACACGCCCGUCGGCACUGACCACGCCGCAACUGAGCGAAACUGAGCACUCGGGCUCGCGAUUCGGCUUGGCUCCGUACGCGGCACUGGAACGCGAAGAAUGGCGUUGGUCGCCGGAACAGCACCUCAAAGAACUCCAAGACGAGAAGAAUGCUCCGCCCGCCCUGGAGCGAGGAGCUCUGCAUACCCCCGAGAGCGAAGACCGGACGUUUUUGUCGAGCGCCGAAGCGGAAUGGUCCUGGGCACUCUCGCCUUUGCCACCCCCUUGCGCGCCUACCAACGAGCCCCCGAUUCCCCCUACUCUCCCCACGCGUGUAUAA